UUGAAGGACAGGCAUCGUCGAUUCGAUAGACAUCGCGUUAAUUAAAAGUCUAAUAAUGAAACAAUUAGCGUUUCGUUAACGACACCCAUGCCACGACGAUCGAUUCCAGAUCGAAACGGACGAGGCAGAGAGAACGGCAGUCAUUACACACUGGAUCGAACAAUCGUUUCCUCGUGCCUGUUACAAUGCCCGGGGGUGUCGUAUUUUUAGUUUGUAUACCCACGUUCACCUACGAACACGAAUUGGUAUUCGGCGUGCCCGUGAAACGGUACAAGAAGAACGAGAAGUCAGGGAAACCGAUAGCUGCACCGAGGGUCGAUCUCCGACUUAGGGAAACGAGGACGAAGACUCAACUAUUGAGGCUGAACGACGACGAUGACGACGUGCAUGAUCUGGACAUCGAGGAUGAAUUGGCUGGAAGACGUCGAGGGCGGGGACGUGGCAUUUCCGCUGAACAUAAUCGAAAUCCAGUUUUCGUUUCGAUGGAAACGGUCUUGGAGGAGUUGUUGAAGAAGCUCAAGGUGGAGCACGUUGUCUGGUGCAAGGACAAGGAGAACAUGUACUACGAGGUAAUAUUUCCUGUGCAAGCUGGAGAACCGUGCGAGAAUUGCCUACAUUGUCUAACAGAAAUGGGAAUCGGCGUGAAGAUGAACUCGAUAGUGAGCGUGAUUCCGACGCAGUGCACGUACAGCGGCAUAGGCACUUCUGUCAAGGCUAUCAAGGAUGACAUAGCGCGAAGACGAAAAGAAUCUGAGGACAGGAAAAAUGCUUGGAAAGCAUUCGUGGAGUCGAUACGAUCAAAAUUGACGGUCAGACAAGUAGUGGACGGCGUCCGCAGCGGUGGUGAUCUUACUUUUGAUUACGUGUUGCUCGUAUUAACGGCAGACUGUUUAGCGGCACUAGGUUUGAUCGAGAACAGCGCAACUAAUGUCGUAGCUGCUAUGUUAGUGUCACCCUUGAUGGGUCCUGUAAUGUCACUGACGUUCGGAACUAUCAUAGCCGACAGAAAUCUCCAAUUGAUCGGUCUGAAGAGUUUGCUGCUCGGGAUAUUCCUCUCGAUAUUGUUCGGAUUUAUUUUCGGCCUGAUUCUGGGCACAACCGAAAUGCCCUGGGGCUACAACGACUGGCCGACUGACGAAAUGAAAGGCAGAGGCAACUAUAGAUCUCUUUGGAUGGGAGUAUUAUGGGCUUUACCAUCGGGUACUGGGGUAGCCGUUGCUUUGUUACAAGGGAGCAACGGCCCUCUGAUAGGUGUUGCUAUUUCGGCUUCCUUGCUACCUCCGGUAGUUAACUGUGGUUUAUUCUGGGCGCUCGGCUGUAUAUGGCUGAUUUAUCGACCGAUUAAAAUGCCGCACAUGAAAGGAGAAUCUUAUACAGACUACAACACGUCGUACGUCUACGUGUACGCCGAUUACCUCCCGGUUGAAUUCUUCUGCAACGGAAUAAUCAGCGCGUGUCUGACCUUUAUUAACGUAAUGUGCAUCUUUAUCACGGCGAUCAUCGUACUGAAGAUUAAAGAAGUGGCUGCGCCGUACACAUCAACACCGGAAUUACGUCGGUUUUGGGAGCACGACAUCCGCUUGGUUCGCGACAAAAAUAUCUCGCGAGAUAACAGCUCUCUAGAUUCUAGCUUCUAUGACGGAUUGAGCAAAACGAAACAACGUGCAUUGGAGCAGACGUUGAACGAGGCUGUUCGCGAGGCCGUCGACGACGACACAUUCCGCAAAGUGCAAAGAUUAAGUUACGGCCAACACGGCCCAGAGAAGUUCACGCCGAAACUUGGACUCCACGGGACGGGUGGGACCACUAACAUUACGGGUACUGAACACAAAGAAGAGCUCGCCUCAGACAGCUACAAAAUACCUGAGGGUUUGGGAAAAUCUGGCAGCACGAGCGAAGACUUGGCUGCCCUCGAUCGAUUGAUCACUAGUCUUUUGGGACAACAGACCUAUACCAGCGCUGGCCAUUUGGAUACUUGGCGACGUUCCCGUCGAGCAAGCUCUCGGGGCUACAAGCAGCUACACACCGCCAGCGGCAUUGCAGAAGGAGGAGAGAUUGGCUCCAACAUCGAUACUACACGACUUUAAUCCCACGAUUUCAUGAAUCUAAUCAGUGGAGGUGUAGACAACGGAUCAGACGCUUUUUCAUGAGCGUAACACAAAUUUUAUUAAAGAUACAUAAGAUUACUGUACUCGCGUUAUAACAGAUUAUAUAGUUGCAUGACUCAAAACGGAAA